CUUCUUCGAUUCAAAGCCGUUCUUGAAGCUAGUUCAAUUGAUGUUCCAGUAGAGGAAAGAGAACAAUUUACAAAAGCACCCUUAAAAGGGUUCUUCAGCGCUUUUCUGUCAAACGAGGGACUGAAUAAGGUGAUGUCAAUGUUCCGAGCGUUCGACAACGGAAUAUUCGCUGAUAAAGCUGAUCAGUUGGAAAAGAUUCUACCCGAAUUGACAGACUUCGACUGGAUGGAUAACCUAGCUGAUGACCUCGGAAUGGAACGGGUUCUUUGUCAAGGAGAUUUCCAGCCGAACAAUAUUCUUUGGAAACAAAAUGGUGACGAACUGGAAUUGGCAGCUGUAGUAGAUUAUCAG